AUGCCUGACCGCAAUCCCGAGGAUGUUGAAAUCGAGGGUCGCCUCGUCGGCAAUGGCCUGUGGGUUACAGAGAACAUAAGGAUCUCCGCUAUGGAAGCCGCGACCACGAGGCGGCUUUAUGGUUAUCUCUGUUCUCGCAGUGGCCUUCAAAUGAUCGAUGGCGGGGUUUUCAAGACCCUCUAUCGACGACGCGACUCCCAGUUCGAGCCAAUUUUUGUUCUUCAAGAGACGGCAGCAGGCACGAGACAUGGCGACAAGCACACAAGCUUCCAUGUUGCGACGCGAGAUAAGGACCAAGAGAUUGUGCGCUGGUUUCACAGAAAUGUGCUGAAGGGCGAGGCAACAAAGCUGAGGGUUAAGGUGCACAUUGGCUGGGAAGACCAGGUCGACCUGCUGCUGCCUCGUUCGCCUGAUAUGGAUCCUCAAGAAGCGUGGAAAGACUACUACAACAGACUGUGGAGGGCUGGUCGCGGCAAGGGCGACUUAGGACGUGACAGGUUUGGCCGGCAGGUGGCCAAGUGGACGGAUGAUGGGCAAAACUACUACCUCGACAAUUUGGUGUCUGCUGAGACUACUGUGCAGAGGAUCCCGCGCCCAGAGGCAGUUGCGUUCAUGCCAGGAUGUGAGGCAUGCGAUUUUCUGGAGCUGCAACUGGUCGGGAUGCUACCAGAGCUGCCGCUAUUGGACGUGCGCCCGGUGCUCCCACUGGCCAGGGUACUACUGUCAACCUCGCCUUCCGCCCUACCCAACAUCAAGCAUAAAGAGGAAAUCUGGAUCUCCUGCCGGUUGGGUGCUUAG